AUGAAUUAGCUUGUGAAUAAUAAUCCUACAACAGACUAAGGUGCAAUUUAAGCUGCUUUCCCAGGAGAAUACAAAAAUUUUGCUCCAAUAGGAAGAGGUUCUUAUGCAAAAGUGUAUAGAGCAGAAACAGAAAAUGGUGAAUUAGUUGCUAUAAAAGUAGAUAAUUAUUUAAUCCUUAUAGGUGAUUGAUUUAAAAAAUAUGUAAAAGGAGAUUAUUCCUUACAUGUAAAAUGAAAUGAAAUUAUUAUCAGAAAGUGAUAAUAAAAAUGUGAUUAAGUUGUUCAAAAGUAACCAAACCAAUGAAAAAUUAAUUUUAGUUCUAGAAGUAAUUAUUAUUAGUUAAAUUUUAGUAUUGUUAAAUAGAUGUAGAAUUUAUGGUGAAAAGAUAUUUUAAAGGAAAAUUAUCAGAUGAUUUAGUAAUAACUAUAUUGAGAUAACUUGCAAAUGGAUUAUCAUAUUUACAUAGAAAUAAAAUUAUUCAUAGAGAUUUGAAAUUAGAAAAUUUUGCUGUUCAAUUAACUUAAGAAGAUCAGGAUGCCUUAUAAAAUAGAAAUGAUUUAACAGUAUUUGAUAAAGCCACCUAUAAAUUAAUUGACUUAGGAUUAGCCAAGAAGUUAGGAGAUCUUUAAGCAUAAACUAGUACUUGGGCAGGAACAGAAUUAAAUAUGGGUAUCAUAUAAAUAUAUAAAUUAAGCUCCUGAAAUUUUAAAUGAAUAAAAGUAUUCAUUUUAAGCUGAUAUGUACAGUCUUGGAGUCUGCUUAUACUACAUGCUUGUUGGUAAAUAUCCUUAUUUUGAUCCAACGAAUAGAACUCCCCUUUAAGAUUUAAUAAAAAAGGAGAAUGUUGAUUUAAAUCAUAUUGCUAAUCUUUAAUUGAGGAGUUUGAUAUAAAAAAUGCUUAAAUUUGAUCCUAAACAAAGGCUUACAUUUUAGGAAUUAUAUCAACAUGAGUUUUUUAAAUAUAGAGAAGGAGAUUUAGCUAAUCCAAUUGAUUUAGAAUUAAAUUAAAAUUAAGGCAUUUAUUCUUAAAGAUUGGAUGAGUCAGUUUUAGAAUAAAAUCCUAUAAAACGAUAAAGUGAAAUAUUUUAAUAAGAGAAUGAAAGCAAAUCUUAAAUUUAAUAAGUUAUGAAUACAGAAUAAUAAUAAUAAUUCAAUGAUUUUAUAAAUAAUCCAAAAAUUUAAGAAAAAAAUUAAGAGUUUUAAACUCCAGAAGUAAAGAAUAUGUUUCCUACUAGUAAGUUUGAUCCUUAAAAAAAAUAAAAUGAUUAAAUCAUGUAACUCUAUCAUAUAAGAAAUUAAUAUAUCGCAAUUUUGAAAUUAGCUGAAUAUCUUGAGCAAAUAAUCCCUUUAGUUAAAAAUUCUAAACUUGAUUUUUUGACUAUGGCAUAAAAAUUUAACAUGUAUAUCGAAUAUCUAAGAAUGGUUUCUAAAUAAUUAUACUUAAAGUUAUAAUAAAGAUUCAUUUUCUUUUAACAAUCUUUAGGACCUUAUGAUAGAUUUUAAUUAUUGUAAAAGUAAGUCAAAUAAGAAGAUUAACCAAAACUUGAAAAAGUGUACGUUAGAGAAGGAGAUAGUAGUGGAAUGAUUUCAUGGUUUAAGAAAAGUGUUUUUAAGUAAAUUUAAUGUGAACCUCAUGACUCUGCCAAUUUUAAUUAAUAAUACUAAUAAAACAACAUUGAAUUAUAUAAAGAAUUGUUGAAGAUGUUACAAGAUUCAUUUUAUAAAUAUACAGAUGAUUCUGAUCCUAAAAUUAAAAGAAUUAAAUGUUUAAUCUAUUUAUCUAUGAUAAAUACUGCUAGAUCUAGAGUACUAUUUUAAGUGGAACUUUAAAAUACUGAUUAUAAGGCUGAAGAACUCCUAUUAACAAAAGCCCGCGAUGAGCCAGAUAUUCUUUCAGAAAAAGUAACAGCAAUUUUAGCUUAAUAUAAUUUACAAUAUAUUUGA